GAAGUGUAGUUUUCCUGGCAGGACUGUGGGAGCCGUGGUUUGUGGGCCGGGUGGGCGCCGGAGGCUCUGCCGCCGGACCUAUGGGACCGAGGCCCUGAGAGAGAAGUCACUUACCAGAGUGUGUAAGGUCUUCAUCCAGAGCUCAAGUGUUCUGGCUCUUGGGCCCAGGUCCGACCUUCUGGUUCCCUUUCCUCAUGUACUUGUCUGGGGGAACUAUAUUGGUCAAGAGUGAAUUCACAGUUGGUCCACCAUGAACUGGAAGGUUCUUGAACACGUGCCCCUGCUGCUCUAUGUCUUGGCAGCGAAAACAUUAAUUCUCUGCCUAGCAUUUGCUGGAGUGAAAAUAUACCAACGGAAAAGAUUGGAAGCAAUACAGCAAAAACUGGAGGCUGAAAAGAAAAAGCAAUCAGAGAAGAAGGAUAACUAAACUGAAAUCAAAGAUUUGGCAACAUAAAUGUCAGCUUGAAUGGACUCCAGCUGAGAAGAAAGAGAAGAAAGGCUUAAUGAUUAAUUGUCAGAGGAUAAACUCUCAACCUAUACUUUUAAGUUAAAAUAAUGAACUUUUUAUGCUUUUAAAAGAACCAAUAUUUUGUUUACUAAAAUUAAAUACCUUUGUAAAAAUGG